AUGGACCAAAAUUUGUACGAUGAGUUUGGGAACUACAUAGGUCCAGGAUUAGAUGAGGAUUUUGAGGGUGGACUGGAUUCCGACCUCAGUGACGCCGCUAGCGACGUAGAGGUAAAGACUGGGCCUGAAACUCCGGUAACCAGAAUAACCAGAGACGAUAUCGUAACUUAUGACGACUCUGCAGCUGAGGAUGAGGUCUAUAAGGAUGCAGAAGUAUUCAUCCAGGAAGAAGAUACACAAACUAUAAACGUACCGAUUGUACAGGCUGAAGAGACUCAUAUUGAUAGGGUAAGCACGAUCCAUCGCCUAGAUAGCGAUAUUACCGCAAAGAACUUUGAUAUUCUGGAGGAAUCCCUGCCUAAAAACCGAUUCACAUUCCAGUUCAUGACCUCGUUGAUGAACCAGCCGGAGUUUAUAAGGAACAUUUGCAUAGCUGGAACGUUGCAUCAUGGAAAAACAACCUUGGUAGACCGUCUAAUAGAAUAUAGCAGGUUUAUGGAGGCUGAUAAAUUCACAAGGAAGGCACCGGAGUUUACGAGGUAUACUGACUCCCGUCUUGAUGAACAGGCGAGAGCUCUUACAAUUAAAUCGACUCCUAUAUCUCUUGUCUUCCAAAAUGAUCUUUACGAAGAUGUAGACGUAUGCAGUGAUCAAAAUUAUGCCGAAAAUGAUAAUCCAAAGCACAAGUCGUAUUUAUUCAACAUAUUCGAUACACCUGGUCAUGUCAAUUUUAUGGACGAAUUUGUGCACGCCCUCAGUGUUUCUGACGGGUGUGUAGUUGUGGUUGAUGUUUUAAUGGGACUAGAAAGUACAACUGAGAAUAUAUUGCGACUUUGUAUUCACGACAAUAUUCCAUUCAUUUUGGUGAUCAACUGUAUUGACCGUUUAGUUUUGGAGCUAAAACUACCUCCUUCAGAUGCAUAUCAUAAGAUCAGGCAUACCAUUUACGAGGCCAACGAUUACAUAGCAUCAACAUGUAAAUUACUCAAUAAACAACCCGUUGUUUUAUCUCCACUAUCGAAUAAUGUAGCAUUCGCUUCUACAAUGUUUGGAAUAUUUUUUACGCUCAAGUCAUUUGCAAAACUUUAUAGUAGCAGUAAUAUAGACUCAUUUGCUAAAAAGCUUUGGGGGAAUAUGUUUUAUAAUCCAUUUAAUCGCAAAUUUGUAAAACAUGAAGUCGUGGAAUCUGGUGAAGAAGAGGUCACAUUAAAGCGUUCAUUUGUCGCAUUUAUUCUGGAACCAAUUUAUAAAUUGAUCUCACAUGUAGCAUCUGAUGAAAGAAGUGAAUUACAGGAUGUUUUGAGUGAAUUUGGAAUAUCUCUCAAGGCUGACGAUUACAAGAUGAGCACGAAACGUAUACUCCGCAAAGUUUGUGCGGCGUUAUUUAGCGAUGCUAGUGCUUUUGUAGAAAUUAUUGUUUCAAACAUUCCCUCACCUCUGAAAUUUGCGCAUGCUAGAGUGUCUACUCUAUACACUGGGGACGUUAAUACGACUCUCUAUGAGGACAUGAUAAACUGUGAUCCUAAUGGGCAACUAAUGGUAUUUGUAAGCAAGAAUUAUUACAGGUUGAAUGGUUCAAGUUUUGAUCUUUUUGGACGUGUAAUUUCCGGUACCAUAAAAAAAGGAGAUCCUAUAAAGAUUCUCGGUGAAUCUUAUACCCUUGAUGACGAUGAAGACGUCUUAACACGCAAGGUUGAAUCACUGUGGAUAUCUGAAGCUCGUUAUAGAGUACAGGUCUCAUCAGUUCCAGCUGGUAACUGGGUCCUCAUUUCCGGUAUUGAUUUGUGCUCACACAAAACAUGCACUAUCACGGAUGUUGAUGACUCUAUUGCAGAAAUAUUCUCCAUAAAACGAUAUUUAAAUAUUACUGACCCUGUAUUCAAGGUUUCUUGUGAACCUCUUAACCCUUCAGAGCUACCAAAAAUGGUGGAAGGGCUUAGGAAGAUUGAAAAGAGCUACCCAUCCUCCAAGUUGAGAGUCGAAGAAAGUGGUGAGCAUAUAAUCCUAGGAACCGGAGAACUUUACCUAGACUGCAUUCUUCAUGACCUAAGAAGGCUCUAUGGAGAUUUGGAAAUUAAAGUAUCCGACCCUGUCGUUAGAUUUACAGAGACAAUCAUGGAAACUAGCGCUGUGAAGUGUUUUUCAGAAACUGCUAAUGGAAAAAAUAAACUCUAUAUGAUCGCAGAGCCAUUGGAAACUGGUAUAGCCUCAAGCAUAGAUGAGGGCCUCAUUGAUCCAUCAUGGACACAAUCUCAGUUGUCUAGUCAUUUUUCAAAGGUAUACAAUUGGGAUGUUUUAGCAUCACGCUCAAUAUGGGCAUUCGGUCCAGAUGGGAAUGGUCCAAACAUUUUGUUAAACGACACGCUACCAUCGGACGUGGACAAGGUAAAACUGGAUGGCAUCAAGCAUUCCAUAAUACAAGGUUUUUCAUGGGCGUGCAGAGAAGGACCUCUUAUCGAAGAGCCAAUCAGAAAUGUAAAGUUCAAGCUUUUAGGUGCGGAUAUAGCAGAUGAAAUGAGCAUGAGAACACCUGGCCAACUCAUUCCUACGGCAAGGCGUGUUACAUAUGCUUCAUUCCUUCUUGCAACCCCUAGGCUAAUGGAACCGAUUGUCUUCUCAGAAAUUCACUGUCCAGCAGACUGUGUGUCUUCAAUAUACACUUUAUUGGCACGCAGAAGAGGACAUGUACUCAGAGAUAUGCCAAAACCUGGAACUCCAUUUUAUACAGUGCAUGCCUAUUUACCCGCAAUUGACUCUUUUGGAUUUGAAACUGAUUUAAGAAUAUACACAAGUGGACAGGCGUUUUGUCUCACAAUGUUUGAUCACUGGAACAUUGUACCUGGAGAUCCUUUGGACAAGUCAAUUGUCCUAAAGCCACUAGAACCUGCACCUGUGCCACACCUUGCCAGGGAAUUCCUACUAAAAACCCGCAAAAGAAAGGGACUAACAGAAGAUGUUUCUCUAAAUGCGUUCUUUGACGAUCCUAUGCUCUCGGAUCUUGUGGAGAACCUGGAGGAGUUUCACUAA